GGGUGCGAUAGAACAAGCAAAUACCUCGCUGACUUUGUUCUGAACAUAGUGCCACUUCCUUUGGCGAAAGCGAUUUUCGCGCCCCUUCGAUCUCUCCCAGCAACCUGUCGCUGUGUCUUUGCAGGACCGCUGAGCGAAGAAUGACGAAAGAACAAAAGAUGUGAGUGCUUGACGGACAAAAUAGCGAGUGAGAGGACCAUGUUCAGGCAUUGGUAUGGCAAGUGCCCCAACACUCAAAGAACGAGGGAGGCCUCUCCUUUUCAACCUAAUGCACUUACUGCUCACUUUCUGGGCCAAUGUCAACAAGUCCCUGGCAGAAGUCCGUAGGUCAGAAGUCAUCCAUGCGACAGGAGCGAGUUGCUAUCGGCUGUUAUUCUUAUUCUGCUCUGCCAAUACGGGAAACAGAGCCGGAGGUGGAAAGCGCCCAAUUUGGGAACAGUCGGACGAAGGGUGACAACACAGCUGAGAUGAGAGAAAGUAAGGGCAAGGGGAGAAUGACGAGAUAGAGUCUGGAGCGUAGCUUCGUGGCAGGUGGUCAGCAAGUGGCUGCUAGUUUGUUGGGGUGGUUGUGCUGCAAGGGAGGAAAGACGGGGGGAGAGGGAGAGCGCUGAGCAGGACAGGUGAGAGACAGAGCGAGUAAUGGAGGGGUUAUCCGCGUGUAUGCGCGUACGUGUGUGUGGUAGUGGGUGUGGGGAAUGAGAGACAAGAGGGAUGGGAAGAGAUGACCUCCAUGCGGAAAUCUGAUU